AUGGAAGUACCAUUGGAACGAAUGAGUGAGAUGUCAAUAUCUCCUCACUACUGGGGGAUAUAUACCUCCCUGUACAGCUCAUUGCCUCCAGAGGCUGUCAAACAGCUCGAACGUGCCAUCUGGCUCAAGAUGUCAGGUCUCGCAAACGAAGCCAGAGCAAUAUUUGACAAUGAGCUUCGGUCUUUUGCAGCAGUUCCGGUUGUUGUCAUUGAGCACGCUGACCUCGAGUUGGAGGCGGGCAAAUGGGGCCGGGCAUGGCACAUCCUAGACUCAAAGCUUUCACAGCUGCGAGAGGCCAAAGAAGACUUCGAAUCACCCGAACAUCGACUCAUGCUUUUGACGUGGGCCAUGCUCGGGACGAGACAUCGAGGUGAUGUGACGUCGUCAAAGAUAGAGAUUGAAACGACACAGCAUUGGCUUUCUGGGGUACCUGUAGCGGAUUAUACUGAUGUCCAGGCAGGUUGCAUUCGUAGAUAUGUCAUUGCAGGCCUGUUCACGAGGCUCUAUUCGGGAUACAAUAAUUUGGAGGCAGAGCACAUCCCGUUACAUGACAUGACAGACACUUCAGGUGAAAAGAUACCUUGGGGUGGGUUGCGACUCCUGCGGCGCUCUCUGACGCAGCGAGGCAUGUUCAACGAGGCCAAUGCCCUGUUCCGCGUGGAGCUAAAUCGUACGCCACCAGAAGACCGAGGCCCUGUGGUCGCCGAGUUUCUGGAGGCUGUAGCAAGCAUCCCUCCGAAUCGGGGUCGGGACUACAUCGAGGCUGUGGUUCGUCUUCAGUGGGCAACCACACACAUUCAACUACAAGAGCAAGAGAGCGCCGCUCAGGAGUUCGACAACUCUGAGGCGGCUUUCCAGAGGUUCUGCGAUAACUUCGGUAUCGGAAACAUGGAGGCCACACCGCAUAUGCAAGCAAUGGCGUACGAGAGGCUGUCAUGCAUCGACGACCCUAUCGACAGAUUAGAGCGAACAGAGGCACUGGCCACUCACAUGGAGGCUGUCGACGGUACGAAGACUGGCUAUUGCUUAGCGGCUGCUGCAGAUCUGUCCCGGAAAUAUUAUGAGGUCACUGGAAUGGAACUGUUCAGGACCACGUAUUUUGACGUGCAGACGCGCCUCGAUACGUAUGACCGGACGGUAUCAGAGGAUAUCUGCGAUCUGGUUCAUCAUCAUGUUGACCUCAACUCCAUGGCCCUCGCGAGCCUAAUUGAUCGCGAUAGCGCUCUCGACUGGAUCGAUAACUUCUUUAAUGAGUAUCCGCACUUCGACGCCCCAGUGGUGCGGGCAUUGCUCCGCAGGAGUCAGGCAUCACUCCUGCGAAGUCUUCGUCGACAGGAUGAAGCUGGUAGGGUAGACGAGGAGGCAAGUCAACUGGAGACAUCCACACCAUCGGUGGGAAACUGGAUGCAUUCGAGGCAGGGCUACCGGAGGAACACCACUUCUUCUGUGCAGCCAGAUCCCCAGCCUCAGAUUCAGGAUGACGAUGGGGAUGAGACAUUCUAUUGGGGUUGGAGCGAUGUCAUUGGAGAUCAGGCAAAACUACAAGAAAUGUCCAUUCAGCUGGUACUGAAGUGGCUUCUUGAAGAUAUCACCACUGGGAACUCUGCCUUUGAAGAGUUCAGAGGCAUGACAGAAGCCGCAUUGAAGGCUAUUAUCUUCCCCAAAGCCACCGAUAUCGAUGAGACAACAGAAGCGCGGUACGCGCGUCUCUGUUCAUGGCUCAGUAAGCCCCCUGUACAUCAAAAGAACCGUCGACUGUUCUGCUUGGUCAUGCUUAGGUUCGGAAGGCAGAUGCACUUUUGUGAUAUUAAGCUCUGGGACCUACGCCUCUCUGAGCUCAAGAGUCUACUCGAGCUCGAAGAAAGCCUCCCCCAGAUCGUCCGAGACAAGUUUCCAGGCAACAAGGGCAGUUGGCUAGCCCAAAUGGCAUUCACAUACAUGGCACCGCUAGAUGACUUGGCGGACUUUACCGGCGCUGAAUCAGAAGAACGAUUGGAAAAUGCUGAAACAUACAACGACCGUGCUCUGGCUGAGUUUCGUCGAAACAAAGACCUGGUUCGGGUGGCUCUUCAUCAGCGAUCUGGAGCGCAAAUCUGCAUGUUCAUGAUCAGACGGGUAAGACAAUUAGAGGAGCAAGCAGCGAGCCCCAGGAAUACCAAAGGUGGAAUGGUAGACAAUGGGCCCAAAAAGACAGAUAACAAUACUUCCUCUCUCUCAGAUUAUGCCAGGGCGAAAAUCCAUGACCUCCGCAAUAGAGGAAUCAGUCAAGCCGAAUCGGCUGAUGAGAUAUUUUCGUUGAGCGAGCUCCAUGCCUCCUCCAGUUCAGGCCUGGAAGGAAUUACACACCGGCAGAGCAUCACCGCGUCCAAUGCCAAUGCAUAUACAAUCCUCACGGCCAUCGAAUUGCUUCUCGCGGCCCCGGGUGAACCGUCUGAUGAGACUAUCACAAAGGUAUGGCAGUGGGUGCAGAAGUACAAAGCACGUUCACUGGCGCGGACCAUCGGCGUGCGUAUGUCCGAUCCAACUGAGAUGGUGGACAGGAUUAAGGCGUGUCCUGAAGCUGCACGUGGUUACUACGAGAUGCUGGAGCUUGAACGGCGAAUGGAGAAGGCUCAGGGGAUGGCCAAGUUCGAUCUGCGUAGGCAGCUGGACAAGCAUCGUCGAAACAUGAGAGAGACGCACGACUUGCUGAGGCAACUCCUCGACUUGAGAGAGGCUCAGCCGUUCGACUUGUCUGAUGUGGCCAGGAUCACAGCCCAGAGCGGUACAAGCAUUGCCCUGGCUGACUGGUUCCAUCUCCCUCCGUAUUUCACCGGGGCCACCGGUAGACUGUUGCUGCUCACAGUUAGGAAGCGAUCCAAAGGAAACAUGAGUGUGAAACUUACCAUGGAUAUGUUGACUACAAGAGUAGAAGAUGUGAAUACUUGGCUAAAAACAUAUCUUGACCCAGGGAAGACUCUGGACACGGAAGAGGCACGCAAAGCAUUCGAUAGCAUGCUGGGUGGUCUCAUCGCGCCGCUUUCCCGCCAUGUCAAGAAGGAUGAUCUCAUUAUACUGUGUCCAUCCACUGCUCUCCACCGGCUUCCACUCCAUGCACUUGCGAUUGGAGGACAUCGAGCGCUGAUACACCGGAAUCCCGUUGUUUACACACACAGCCAGUCGCUUCUGCGCUCAUGCUUCGCGGCUGCAGAGUUAGCUCAAGAAACUCCGAAGCCCAUCAACGCCAAAUUCAUAUCAGGUAUUCCAGAAUCAGAAUCCAAGAGGUAUGGAGCUGGACGCGAAAGCAUUCAGACACUUGCCCGUCGGUUCGGCACAAAACCAAUGAUCGACCAGACUGCCCCCAAGGAGGUAUUCCUGGAUGAGGCUGUCAAGUCUCGUCUCCUUCAUCUACACACACAUUGCGGCUGGGAAUCAAAAAAUCCUCUGGGCCACAAGAUCGUUUUUACCAUGCCUUAUGCACCAUCUGAGGAGCAACCUCAAAUCGAGAGCGUGACUGCCCGAGAAAUCUUCGACAUCCGUGUCUCACCCGGUACACACGUCAACAUGAUAGCUUGCCAAGGGGGGGUCGUGAAUGUACCGCUUGGAGACGAGGUUUUGGGACUUGUCCCUGCACUGAUGUGUUCCGGGGCCAGUUCAACUGUAUCGACGCUGUGGAACAUUGACGAUGGACACGGGUCGAGGUUUUCGAAAUUGUUCUUCGACUCGUUCGCUAAACAGAGCACUACCACAGAUGACAAUACACCAAAAGCCAGCAGCAGCCGCAUAGUGAAUCUUGCCAAAGCGAUGCAGGUCGCCGCAGAAGCAAUGGACUGUGCGAUGGACAAAAAUAUGGAAAAAGAGAGCCUAGAGCCUCUCUACAGAUGGGCGGGAUAUGUGCUCCAUGGCUGUUGGCAAUUUCCAAUUUCGGAACAGGACAUCGGAUCAUUGCGAAAUAGGUAA